CACAGAAACAGAAAUCAAGAAUGGCUCAGCAAACAUGACCCUUGUAUUUUUUCUCUUUAUCGUGUGAGCGAAACUUGAGCUGGAUACCGCAAAAAUUUUUAGGACCAUUAGCAGGAGAAAUAUGAAGGGGUAAUUAAAAAAGAAUUUUCCAGCCUAUUUGCUCGACGAUGCGUGCAAAAAGGGAAGAAUGACUCAAACUCCAUUUCAGCAUUUCCCAUAGCCAUUGUAUCUUCUGCUUUUUUUUUUUAUUCUAUUUUUUUUCUCCGUUCUAGCAAUCAUUAUAUCGUCUUCUCGGGUACCAUUGAGUAUCAGUCGAAGAAAACCAAAAGAAAGAGGGGAGACAAACUACUUUGAUCAUUCAAUUCACGGUUACACAAUCAUCAGCCAAUUAACAAAAACGUCGAUCGCGGUAACCAAGCCCAGAGCCUCCCACAGGAAAGAAAAGAAAACCAUUCAUCUGAUCCAAAAUGGCGAACGUACAGCCGGUUACAACCGAAAUGGAAAACAACAGCAGAGACCAGGACGAGGUCAUGGUACAAGAUGUACCACCGGUGGUUCACACAAAUAAUGAUCAAUCUAUCCAUAAAAGUGAUAUGGUAAUGCCAGAGAGUCUGUCCGACAUGGAUGUGCAAACCGUGGUGGAACAAGAAGGCGUGGUAUCCGAGAAGCCGAACGAUGAAUGGGGUCCAAACGACGAUAGUAACCAAUUCUCAGCCGAUGGUAGCCCGCGUAGUUCCAGGGCGUCCACGCGAUCGGUUCCGUCGGCGUCGUCAUUGGAAGUGGAUGACUACUCUGAGACUCGGUCAUCGUGUCACUAUCCCGAUUCACCGAGAACACAAGCGUUGGCGGCGAUAUGCAAUAACGAAAAACAUGUCAGCCAACCCGAUCAUUUCAUCGAGAUCGUUCUCGAUAACGACGAGAAACCAACGGAGGAGCUUAGCGAGAUGGACUUGGCGGAUAUGGGAACUGCAACAUUGACUUGCGCAGAGUCGCAAUUGAAAUCGGAGCAGAUGAUGUCGAAAAAGUUCAGUAGGACAACCACCCAUUCAUUAUUUUCGGUGCUGUCGGCUCCGUCCAAGAUCAGCCGAUCUACGACCCAGCAAUAUUUGUACACGCCCAGCAUUCACGGUGAUUUCCAAACCGAUCAGGAGACCUUGAAACAGGCAAGUCGAAAGGAAAACUUCUUCCGACGAGCGCCUUCACGACGCGGUAUUUGCAACACCAUGUCCAUUUUAGCCGUGGUAUCCGUGAUUGUGUUCUUGUUCGCCGGUUACCCCUUAUCUCUUUACAUAUCCAAGGAAAUCCAAAAAAGUCAUAAAAAGACCGCCAAUGUAUAA